AUGCAUAUUUCAUACGUUUUGAUCUUCUAUUUGUUCUUUGGCGUGACUUUUUCACAUGCUUACAAUUGUUAUGAAUGUUGGAGUCUUUUAGCACCAGGUUGUGUUUUUUCCUAUGAUUGUGUGAUUACUCAUUAUCAUUCGGUAUUAUAUGCACAUUAUUUAUCUUACUUUGUCGGUUGUAUGAAGAUACCGCUAAAAAAUAAAUAUCAAAUGAUUGUAUGA